UGGACAAAUAUUAUCAUUGCUCCGUUGGAAGUGGAUGGAACAGGCGCGUAUUGUUUCUUUUAGGUGAAAAUUAUGCGCGGACGUUUAUGAGAUGGAUGAACGUUGAGUAUAUGCUUCACAAUUGGAAUUGAAUUCUGCAUUGAAACGGCGGAUGGGAGAGAGCCUGUUUGGUCAAUAUUUAUAGUUGGCCGUGGUAGUGUUUGAUGUCGAGUUUGAAGGAAGAAGGGGACUUUCUUUGUUGAUUUUAUUUAGGACGAUCGCUGGCCGCUACCUUUGUGUUCGUAUGUAUCCGAUGGGGAGUUUAAUAGUGUUGACGAGGAAUAGCCGGGUGACUAAGGGAUAGAAAGGACUUCUUCGAUUCAUGUUCGAGGUUACACUUUUACCUUGUAGCCUCGUCGACGUCAUCUUCGGGAUGUUCACCGUGAAGAAUGGGAUGCCGGUGUUCCAGUACACCUUGUCCGAAUGGAAGACCGUUGUGACCCAUUAUGGUGGCCUGGCCGGUCUAGCGCUGAUCGGGCUCCUCCUGGCUGCAAUUCUCCCCUGCGUCGGGUUGUUCUUCUGUUGCUGCAGGUGCGCCGGCCAUUGCGGCGCCAGGAGUCAACCGUUCGACAAGAAACACGAUCAUUGCAAGAAGGUGAUGCUCAGCAUGGUGCUGAUCGUCGUCGCGACGAUUAUACUGUUCGGCGUGGUGUGCGCGUUCGUCACGACGGAGUACAUGCAGGAGGGCACCAAAGAGCUGCCGAACAACAUCAAGGUCAGCCUGAAGGACGUGAAGCUGUACCUGACCACGACGAAGGAGCAGGUGAACGCUGCUUUGACGACGAACUUCGACGAGCUGGAAUUCAACCUGAACAACAUCCUACAAGCCAGCGGCAGGAUCGUCACCGAGCAACUCGCCGAAUACUCGCACGCGGUCUCGUUGACUAAUCUGAGCGACAUCGUGGCUGGCCUGGAGUCCGUCAAGGAGGACUUAAUGACCAUGCAGACGAUCACCAGAGAUCUACGGACGAACGCCAGCCAAUUGGACAUCGUGGUGCGAGGCGUGAAAAGCAACCUGCUGCACACGCUCUCGGCCUGCAAGACGCAGAACUGCAAGCAGGUCCUGAACGAUUACAAAGUGAGCCAAAUGUCGGUUCAAGUCGACUUCGACAAGUACAUGGACCGCUACUUUCCGAAGCUUCAGUCUUUGCCGAACGUCACGUCCGCCCUGUACAACAUCACCAUGCUGAUGAAAGGGAACAUCGUGUCGGAGGUCAGCCAGGGCAAAGAGUCGUUCUUGAAGAUACAGAAGGACAUCCAGCACGCCGUGAAUCAGACGAUACCGAUGGUCAGCGCGAGCAUCAGAAAAGCCGGUGACAAUCUGACCAACAUCGCUGAUGACAUUACAGCGUUGAUCGAUAGGAUAAACGUAGACAUUGACAAGUUCAAUAUCCGGCACCUGGACGUAGCGCGAACGCACAUUGACCAAUAUUCGUUGUACAGGUACUACUUAGGCUAUGGUAUAUCCAGCAGUCUACUGACCGUUCUAAUUUGCCUGACGUUCGGCCUCUUCUGCGGAAUCUGCGGGAAACGUCCAGAUGGCUACGGCGAUGACUUCUGUAACAAAGGCUCUGGAGCGCGAUUCUUAAUGAUGGCUGUCUCCGCUAUCUUCCUUUUAACGAGCGUGCUGAUGGUUAUCACGGUGAUCCACAUGGUCACCGGUGUCCUGGUUCAACGAGCAGUCUGCGAGCCGCUGAAGAACCCUAGGGACAACAGGAUGUUCAAGCUAGUCGAUGAAAUGGUUGAAAUUAGGAAGAUUCUGUACCCGAAGAACGUUAACGCCGACGUGAAUAUGAGUUCGAUAAUCACGGAAUGCCACCUGAAUAAGACCCUGUAUAACGUGCUAAAGCUGAAAUACCUCGUCGACGUGAACAGCCUGCGCGAAUACGUCGGCAGAUACGACAUCAACGACACGAUUCAACAGCUACGCCGGAAGAUCAGUUUGUCGCCGGGGGUGGUGAUCCUGACGGACAGCGCCAAGUCGAAGUUGUACGACCUCGCUCAGAGCGGGCUCAGCGACAUAAAGUUCUACCAGUACGCCGAAAUUCUCCACGAGAACAUCACCAACAUCAAUCUAGAGCACUUGGCUAGACAACUGCGGGAAGUCUCGGCCAAAUUGCCCGAAGGUCAAGAGGAAACGAGACUCAGCCUGGAGAAGAAUGCCCACGAUCUGGACCAUUAUCACAGGGAUCUAGUGGUGCCUAUGGCGAUGCUAAGCGAGCAGCUGAACGAGACAGCGCUCACGCUUCAGGAGACCAUUAAAUUUAAUCACAGCUCGAUGGCGGAGGCCAUCCACGUCCUCGUCGACGAAGUCACGAAAGCGCAGCAGUUCCUGAACAAGGACGGGCCGGAAUACGUUCAAUAUCUAGCAACCAGGUUUGGAAACGCUUUCCUCCGCCAAGUCGAUGUCUUCCUCGAGCACCUCAUCGAACGCGCGCUGCAAGACAUCGGAAGAUGCGCUCCCGUUUCGAACGCGUACAACGCUACGGUGGUCGCUGGCUGCAACAAGAUCUUGGAUCCAUUCAACGGUUUCUGGGCGAGCGUCGGCUGGUGUUUGAUCCUGUUCAUUCCGACCAUAGUGUUGUGCGUGAAACUGAGCACGCUGUACCAGAAAUCGGACCCAUACCCGGGGCCCCUAGUCGAAGCUGAAUAUUUGUAUGACGCGUACGCAGACAGGGAUAACAUACCCCUCGCUCAUGUUCAGGACAAGAAGUACGAGUCGCACAACAGGCACCACCCGUCUGCGUACGUGGAAAGCUACGACGGUCCUGCUAUCGGCUACAGCGAGAGGGAGAGGAUGUCCGACGCCCAUCAGAGCACGUCUCGCCACGACUCUAGAUAUUCCGAUCUGGCGCCGAAGUAAGUGUCCCCCGUACCAGUCGCUCCCGGAUCCAUUGAAAAAUCGAGACCUCGCCAAGGAACAGGAUACCCUAAAUUGUAUUGUGUCUAUAGUCAAAUCUAAUAUCGGUGGCUAUUCAGGUAAAAUGCUACCUCUCGAGCGUGUCAAGGAGUCAGGGUUAUAUGAGCCGCUCGUCGGCCAUGUCGGAACUCCGCGAAACAUCCUUAUCAUUGUAAUGUUUACAAGAGUAAAGGAAUAUUUAUUCCAUGAUACUAAACCCUGUGAAAACAUGUAACUCUUUGCACUCCGAUUUUGAAAACCUCUCAGCAACACCGAGUCAUUUUAUUGAGUCACCAACUAUUCCAGGAUUAUUUACAAUAAUGCGCGCCAUUUCUAAUGUUUUAUUUAAC